CGAGCGCUAGUACGGUUGCUCGAGAUUGUAUGGGUAUAAUGUAUAAUCCUAUCAGGCAGGUGCAUGAGAUACCCAGGAGUUGCUGAUCCAUUUGUCAUAGAAGCAUUAGCAUGUAGAGAUGCACUUUUCUUUGCAGUCGAGCAUGGCUGGAUAACGAUUACUAUUGAGAUAGAUUGCAAAGCACCGGUGAAAGACUAGAAGCAAGGACUUGAUCGGUUCAUUAGAGGACACAUCAUCAGAGAGAUGCGUACUAAUCUAUCAUCUUUUCAGGAAUGCAAACUACGGUUCGCUGGGAGAGUUGCAAAUGAGGUUGCUCAUAUAUGUGCUAGACGUGCUCUUUCAGUAGAGAUGAAUUCUAUAUUUGAUGUAAUCCUUGACUCGUAGUGCACUCAGCCAUUGAAGUGCCAAAAUCAUCUUUGCCAUCAACACCCCUCUUAAGGUUUUUAUCGUCGCCAUCCAUAUCAUCAUCCGAGGGCUCCACGGCCCCUCCCUCUACAAAAUCACUAUGAUAAAAAGAAUCAUUAUCAUCAGGCCGACCAGCUCAGUCUGAACGACCACCCCGUCUCCCAAAACCACCACGACCCGGCCAUUGGAGGCCGACCAGUCCUCAUGCUCCACCUCGCACGAAGAUUCUUAAAAGCAAGCACCGAGGAGGCAUAUAAGCCAUCACCAUGCUCUUUGUACACGUGACCAAACAUGCGACGGACCACACACCAAUCCGGUAGUCCUCUCAUACUUUACAACGACUAACUCGAUGCGGUGAACGUAGAAUAGGGAUUUUGCGCUGCAAGUGUGUUGAGGAAUCAGGGCAAAAGGAAACAAAUCAAGUUUUUUUGGGGGGGAAAAAUCAAGUAUUUUUUUGGGAAACAAAUCAUGUGGGCCUCUGCAGGAGGCUGCGCUCAGGAGUGUGGGCUGGGCCCUCAAGCCCACUAUGCGAGCACGGCGACGGCGUCAGCCUCCUUGAAAUACCCCGCCUUGGCGCCCGAACGUAACCGUCCCAACCAACAGCCUUCUCUCCUCCCCUUCUCCCCGUCGCCGGAGCACCAAGAACCCACCGAUCAUCAUCCCCACCUCUCCUUCCCCGCUAGGUUUCUCUCUCCACCGCGCGCCUCUGCUCUCCAGCGUCACCGGGCGACCGAUGGAGCUGUUCCAGGACGGCCACCACGUGCGGCUGCGGAGCCGCGAGCGCGGCACGUACCUGCACGCCGACGACGACGGGCUUGGCGUCUCCCUCAGCCGGCUCCGCGCGUCGAUGAACUCAGCUUGGGCGGUGCACAUCUACCAGGGAGAAGGCAAUGCCCAGUACGUGCUCCUCCACAGCGCCGCCUACGGCCGCUACCUCGGCGCCACGGACGCGCCGGCGCCGCGAGGCCACAGCGGGCGCCGCGUCGAGCAGUGCGAUUACGAGCCGUGGGAGGAGGUGGCCAUCAGGUGGCAGGCCGUCAGGACCGGCUCGGGGGACGAUAUCCUGCUCCGCCAGGUCACCGGCCGCCUCCGCGCCAACGGGAGGUACCUCAGCGUCGACGCCUUCAACGGCGCCGGCCCGAUGAUGCACUGGGUCGUGGAGCGCAUCCCCGCCAGGGAGGACACGCCUCGCCUUGCAGCUCCGACUGGGGUGAGUCCGCCAUGCCCGCUUCUUGAUUCUUCCCGAUCGAAUUGGGUUCUUGGAUGUCGUUACAAUUGGGGAUUGCAAUUCAUGGAAUCUUGCAAAAUUUGCAAAUCUUGA